AUGGGUUUCUCGAUCGUCGCACUGGCCUCUUUGGCCCUGGGAGUUGCGGCUCAGAGCACCGCCGGUGCUUACGGGCAAUGUGGAGGCGUUGGCUCAUAUUAUGCCCAGUGUUAUCCCGGCGCCGCAACAUCUUCAGUUGCAACAAGUAGUUCCGCUGGGUCCACCUCGAUUCCGGCUUCGACAACUUCGAGCCGUGUCAGCACAACGGCGAGCACCUCGAAAUCAACAACGACCUUUGCCACCUCAACCACGAGCACAGCCGGAGCCGGUUCCGGCUCCGGCUCAGGCACGGGCACGACCCUCCUGUCCGGCUGGUACUGGAUCCGGGGCGUCGAAUCGCCCUACUACCACAGCUACCUCCAGGCCCUGCCCACAGCCAGCGCCGGCACGGCAUUGCUGGACAGCUACCUCACAGCCGGCCAAUUCAACAUCAUCGACGGGCAGCUCGUCUACAACACCGGGUCAGGGACCACCAGCGCGCUCUAUCUGAACGUCGAGGACCCCACGGACAAGACCCAGCGAGCCUUGGCGACCACUUUCAAGACGACCAAGAACACAUACGGCUCGUUCGCCUUCUCCGGCGACACUGUGACCUGGACGGACCCGGACGUGGCGAGGCCUAACACUGCGGCGUUCUAUGUGUGCCCUGGUACAUCUGCCACAGGCGCGAAUGCGCUUUACAUCAACACCGGGGCUUAUUUGUACCAGACGCCGAGCGGGUGCUAUGAUGUUGAUAUACACUACUACGGAGGAUCGACAGCUAACCUGUAA